AUCAUUUCAUUACCACAUUGUUUUCAACGUAAGAGUGUAAGAAAGUGGUACUAUAAAUAUGAGAGUAUGAACAAGUCUCCUUCACAUUGAAUUUUCUAGCUAAAGAGACAAAGAGAGUUAACUACAAUGGCUACCCUUGUUGUUCCUGAAAAUGUUUCUUAUGCUGAUGAUGCACAAGCUCUCCGAAAGGCUUGCCAAGGCUGGGGGACUAAUGAGAAGGCUAUAAUUUCAAUACUGGGGCAUAGAAAUGCUGCUCAAAGGAAGCAAAUCAGGCUAGCUUAUUCAGAAUUGUUUCAAGAAGAUCUUGUCAAGCGUCUCGAGUCUGAGCUCAAUGGAGACUUUGAGAAAGCUGUGUAUCGAUGGGUAUUGGAUCCAGAAGACAGAGAUGCAGUGUUAGCAAAUGUGGCUAUCAGGAAAUCUGGCGAUUACCAUGUGAUUGUAGAAAUUGCCUGCGUCCUAUCUUCAGAGGAGCUCUUGGCUGUGAGGAGGGCUUACCAUGCUCGGUACAAGCAUUCCUUGGAAGAAGAUCUUGCGGCCCAUACCACCGGUGAUAUCAGGAAGCUCUUGGUUGGAUUAGUGACAGCUUUUAGGUAUGAAGGAGAUGAGAUUAAUACAAGAUUGACCAAUUCAGAAGCUGAUAUUCUUCAUGAUGCAAUCAAAGACAAGGCUUUUAAUCAUGAAGAUGUCAUUAGGAUCCUGACUACCAGGAGCAAAGCACAGCUCAUGGCAACUUUCAACCGCUACAGAGAUGAUCAUGGCUCUUCCAUCACCAAGGACUUACUAGAUGAGCCUGCUGAUGAGUUCAAAACAGUGCUCCGUACAGCCAUUCGAUGCCUCAACGACCACAAAAAGUACUACGAAAAGAUUUUGCGCAAUGCCAUAAAAAAGGUUGGGACAGAUGAGGAUGCACUCACUCGUGUGAUUGUCACAAGGGCAGAGAAGGACUUGAAUGAUAUCAAGGAGAUCUACUACAAGAGAAACAGUGUGCCCCUUGAUCAGGCAGUUGCCAAUGACACUUCUGGGGAUUACAAGGCUUUCCUCCUUGCUCUGCUUGGAAAGGAGGAAUAGUUUUGUUCUUCUUUCAGCGUUUCAGAGUUUUCAGUCACAAUUCAAUAAUGGUUUCUUAUGUAGAACUUUCUUGCUGUGAGUCUUUUGUUUUCUGUGGUCAUGUUCUUGAGUUCCUACCUGGUGUGACAUUAUGUAAUCCAAUGCUAUGUUAUCUGCAGUUGAGUGUUUCUCUAA